AUGGUCUCCAUUGCAAGUUUUUGGAUCAUCGUGGCUGGGAUCUGCCCUGCUGUUCUCUGCUGCACAGAUGGCACACUAGGAAAGCAUACUAAUGUCCAGAAUGGCGAAGAUACACAAAAACAAAUGUACAGUAGAACAUUGGCCUCCAUCAACACUGACUUUGCCUUCAGUCUGUACAAGGAAUUAGCCUUGAAGAGUCCAGAUACAAAUAUUAUCUUCUCUCCACUUAGCAUUGCAACUUUCUUGAUCACUUUGUCUCUGGGGGCAAAGGGCAACACCUUGCAAGAGAUUCUAGAAAGUCUCCAGUUCAAUCUCACAGAGACCCCUGAGGCUGACAUCCACCUGAAGUAUAGGGACCUCCUACAGAGGCUCAGCCAGCUGGGGGACCAGGUAAAACUCAGCAGAGGCAAUGCCCUGUUUGUUGAAAAGCACCUGCAGGUUCUGAAUGAGUUUAAGGAGAAGGCAAGGACUCUGUACCAGACUGAGGUCUUCACAGCUGACUUCCAUCAGCCUUGUGAGGCAAGAAAACUCAUCAAUGACUAUUUGAGGAUACAGAGCCAGCGGAAAAUCAAGGAACUCGUCUUAGACCUGGAGAAGAGGACUUCAAUGGUGAUGUUGAAUUUCCUCUUAUUUACAGGACAAUGGGAUUUGCCCUUUGACCCUGAUGACACAUUCAUGGGAAAAUUCAUAUUGGACAGCAGGGGGCCUGUGAGGGUGCCCAUGAUGAAAAUCGAGGACCUGACUAUACCCUACUUUCGGGAUGAAGAGCUGAAAUGCACUGUGGUGGAGCUGAAUUACAUAGUUAAUGGCAGGGUUAUGUUCAUUCUCCCUGACCAGGGCAAGAAAGAGCAGGUGGAAGCCAGCUUACAACCAGAGAUCCUGAGGAAGUGGAUGGACUCUCUAAAACCAAGGAUAAUAGAUGAGCUCCACCUUCCCAAGUUUUCUGUGUCCAAGACCUACCAUCUAGAAGAUAUCCUUCCAGAGCUGGGUGUCAGGGAAGUCUUCUCCAAACACGCUGAUCUGUCAGGGAUCACAGGAGACAAGAACAUAAGGGUCUCUCAGAUGAUCCACAACACUGUGCUGGACAUAGCUGAGACAGGCACAGAAGCAGAUACCACUACAAGAGUCGAAUAUAACUUCAUGUCUCCAAAAAUUAACACUACAUUUGUUAACAUUGUCAGGAAAUUCCUAUACAUGGUUUUAGAACCCAAUUCUGAGUUUAUCUCCUUUAUAGGCAAGGUUAUCAACCCUUUAGAAAACUAG